ACUGGAGCACCUCCAAAAGCAUCUUCGAUCAUCCAUUAAUAUCCUCCUCAAAUUUUCUCUCUUAGAAGGUCUGUUUCGCAGUUCAUGCAAAUUUGCCUCUAGUUUCAGUGAUGGAAUUGGAGUCUACAAGCCCAGAAAAAGCAGGGUAUUUUGCUAGGGUGUGGAAGCUUUCCAAAGGCUUGCUAGAGAAAUUGAAGGCCAAGGUGGUUGAACUUACCCUGAAAACAAUAAAGCUCGCGAAAGAUGACCCAAGAAGAGUUGUUCAUUCACUUAAAGUAGGACUUGCACUCAAUCUCGUCUCACUGCUUUACUACCUCCGCCCACUCUAUGAUAAUUUUGGCGUCUCUGCAAUGGGGGCUGUCAUGACUGUUGUUGUGGUAUUAGAAUACUCUGUGGGAGCCACUCUUGGAAAAGGUCUGAAUAGGGGAUUUGCAACAUUGCUUGGAGGGGCUCUAAGCGUUGGAGCUCAUCACUUAGCUUGUUUAUCCGGGGAAAGAGGCGAGCCCAUAAUGCUUGGCUUCUUUAUCUUUCUGCAAGCCGCGGCAUCAACGUUUAUACGGUUCUUCCCCAAGAUCAAGGCGAGAUAUGACUAUGCGUUACUAAUAUUUAUAUUGACAUUCUCGUUGAUAUCGGUAUCAGGCUUUAGAGAUGAUGAAAUAAUAGAGUUAGCGCGCAAGAGGUUGUCGACCAUCCUCAUAGGUGGAUCUGUCUGUGUCAUCGUUUCCAUUUUGAUUUGCCCUGUAUGGGCUGGCCAAGACCUUCACAAUCUCAUUGCUUCCAACAUGGCAAAACUUGGCAACUUCCUGGAAGGAUUUGGAAAUGAAUACUUUAAAACAUCGAAGGAAGGAGAGUCUGAGGCAGAGAAGUCAUUUUUGCAACAAUAUACAAGUGUUCUAGCGUCAAAAAGUAAUGAAGAAUCAUUGGCGAAUUUUGCGAAAUGGGAACCGGGACAUGGUAGGUUUCAGUUUCGCCAUCCAUGGAAUCAGUAUCUCAAAAUUGGAACUCUCACCCGCCAGUGUGCCUAUAGAAUUGAUGCACUAAAUGGCUACCUCAACACUGAAAUUCAACAUACAUCAUCAGAAUUGAGUUGCAAAAUAGAAGAAGUAUACAGAGAAAUGAGCUUGGAAUGUGGUAAGGCACUUAAGGAACUGGCAUUGGCAGUCAAAACAAUGAGUCAACCAUCCUCAGCUACUAAUACCCACAUUGAAAACGCAAAGUCUGCCGCCAAAAACCUAAACUAUUUACUCAAAUCAAGUGUAUGGGAAGACACUGACUUCCUAGCAGUGGUGCCAGUGGCCGCUGUGGCUUCACUGCUAAUUGAUGUGGUUGACUUCACCGAAAAUAUAGCUGAUUCAGUUUACGAGCUAACAUCAAAGGCUAAUUUUAAAAGAAUUGAUGUUGCUCAUUCACCGGAAAAACCACAGAUACGACAACCAGACAAUACAAAAUCUCCGGCCAUGGUUGAUUGUCCCCAUGUUUGCAUUACUGUUAAUGAGCCAACCCCAGCACUAUCAGGAAAUGGGAAUCCCUCCGUAACAAAGGCUAUGGGAGAUUUGGAGUUGUAGGUAUACAAUUGCUAACAAAAAAAAUUUUGUGUUUGCACAAAAUUACUAAUGGUUUAUUUUAUCUGUAACUAAAAAUUAUCAAAUAACAUAAUAUUAAUAUAAAAAUUAUGAGGCUAGCGCUUGAAGCCGUUCCAAA